GCUGGAUGAGGGUGACGUCACGCAGCCAGCGGAGGAGUGGAUGGCCUCUCAUAAAAAAAACACAUGAAAACAAUUGACAGGGGAAAAGGACCAGAUUGUCGGCGCACGAAACACGCCAGUCUUCGGAGUCAUGGAGCCAUCUACCCGCUGCAACCAACUGCCACGAGUUCCCGCGACGUUUUAUGCAUAAGCGCGGAGAAGAGACAACCGUGCCCGUAUCCUUUUUUUGCCUAUCGGAUUGGCGUGAAAGUCCGCCAUAUUUUAGCCUUACCACGCCCGGGAGCGGAGCCACCGGGAAAGAAAGGGGAACAGGAAGGAAAAAUAGACCCUCUGUGGUUAUAUUCACACGUGUCAGUGGGUGCUGGAUGGAAGAUUGAGAGUUUUGCCACAUCGGAACGGGGAAUAGUGGUCCGUAGCGCGGAUGGCGAUGCUUAACGAGAGCCCACUCAGGACGUGUCUUCAACGGAUGUGUUGAUCGCCCACAGACGGCUACUAUCCGAGUUGCAAGGAGGAGGUGGAAAGGAGAAGAUUCGUUUCUCGGGGAUCAGAUUUGUUUCCCCUCCACCUCCGGUAACUCGUCGCCUGCAGGCCGUCAUUUGACCAGCGACCAGGCCGCGUGAGGACUUUUUCCCUCACCCCGUCCGCCUUUUCCCUUGAUCUUCCAAGCCUCCCGGGAGUCGGGUGGAACUAACGCCAAACGAGGAAAAACAUAUAUAUAUAUAUAUAUAUUUAAAAAAAAAGAAGAAGCGUGAAAGUAUGACUCUGGAGUCUAUUAUGGCGUGUUGCCUGAGCGAGGAGGCGAAAGAAGCCCGGAGGAUCAACGACGAGAUCGAGAGGCAGCUCCGCCGGGACAAGAGGGACGCGAGGCGGGAGCUCAAACUGUUGCUGCUCGGCACGGGCGAAAGUGGCAAGAGCACUUUUAUCAAACAGAUGAGGAUCAUCCACGGCGCCGGCUACACCGACGAGGACAAGCGAGGCUUCACCAAGUUGGUGUACCAGAACAUCUUCACUGCCAUGCAGGCCAUGAUUAAGGCCUCGGAGACGCUCAAGAUCCCUUACAAAUACGAGCACAACAAGGCAAACGCCAAUAUCGUGAGAGAUGUGGACGUGGAGAAGGUCACCAUGUUUGACAACCCUUACGUAGACGCCAUCAAGAGCUUAUGGAACGACCCAGGCAUCCAGGAGUGUUACGAUCGAAGGAGGGAGUACCAGCUCUCCGACUCCACCAAAUAUUACCUGAACGCGUUGGACCGGAUCGCCGAAACCUCCUACUUGCCCACUCAGCAAGACGUGCUGAGGGUUCGAGUCCCCACCACAGGCAUCAUCGAGUACCCUUUUGACCUGCAGAGCGUCAUUUUCAGGAUGGUGGAUGUCGGGGGUCAGAGGUCCGAGAGGAGGAAGUGGAUUCACUGCUUCGAGAACGUCACGUCCAUCAUGUUCCUGGUGGCACUGAGUGAAUACGACCAAGUUCUCGUGGAGUCUGACAACGAGAACCGAAUGGAAGAGAGCAAGGCACUCUUCAGGACGAUAAUCACGUAUCCGUGGUUCCAAAACUCCUCUGUCAUUCUGUUCCUCAACAAGAAGGACUUGCUGGAAGAGAAGAUCUUGUACUCGCACCUGGUCGACUACUUCCCGGAAUAUGAUGGUCCGCAGAGGGACCCCCAGGCGGGCCGGGAGUUCAUCCUGAAGAUGUUCGUGGACCUGAACCCGGACAGCGACAAGAUCAUCUACUCGCACUUCACCUGCGCCACCGACACGGAGAACAUCCGCUUUGUGUUCGCCGCCGUCAAGGACACCAUACUGCAGCUCAACCUGAAGGAGUACAACCUGGUGUAACGGCCACACACACACCUACAGUAUAUGAGAACUGGGUGUGUGUCACACACCAACAAGAAUCAAAGUUCAAAAAAAAAAAAAUUCUAACUAAUGCGUGGAAUGCUAAUUUAUUUGCCAUGUGUUUGAUCUUUUGAUUGUCAGGAGCAAAUGAGUUCAUCUUGCUAUUUAAUAAAGAGCUGGUGAAAUGUGUGAGGGGUUGCUGGUUCAGAAGGCAAGGGUCCAUUUUUAAUCUUUGCGCUUUUGUGAAGUUUGUUUUUUUUCUGAAAACUUUGUGCAAUUCAGUUGUUUUGUUCUGUUUAGGGGUCGGGGGCGUGUCCUGUGUGCAUUCGGUUGCGACAUGCGGCGAAACCCCUACCUUUUUUUUUUUUUUUUUAGUACAAUGUUCCCAUGAACAGCGUCUUGUCAAGACUGACCGGUAAUAAAAAGGCAAAAACUGUGAUUUUGAAAAAGUAUUUCGCCUUGAUAUUAACGUUGACCUUGGUACCACCGCCAAGUACUGAUGAGGUAGGUGGCGUUUAAACAUGAGAGUGGACGCCAUAUUUGUGUGACGAAAGGAUGUUCAACUGUGCCACAUCAACUCUUUUUUUGAUCGUGUUUGUGUAUUCUUUGCCGAUGCCAAAUGUCAAGCAGCCUGACCACGCCCCCAAAAGCGAGCAGUAAGUGGCGUACUGAACUCUUCAAACUCUUUAAAAGGCAAUGUGUUGCCACAAGCCCCUUCACCCCCCGCACCUCACCUGCUGUACUUUCUUUUGAGGAUCGUCCAAUCACAGCCAGGCUGUCUUGACUGUUAGCUUGAUAGCAGUGUGACCAGAAAAAAAAAUGGUGUUAAGAGUUUAAAGUUUGUACCAAAGUUUCCGAUUGGCCGCCCCACCCCCCUCCUCACUUUGGAUAUGUUUUUGUAACAGUUUCCAAGAACACAAGGUUGUAACUUACAUUUAUUGAGGCAUAGUGCAAUUAUGAAUUAUAUAAUCAUUGUGUACAUUGAUAUAUAUAUAUACAGUAUGUAUGUAUAUAUAUAUACAAUAUAUAUGUACAUAUGUAUAUAUAUAUACAGUAUAUAUGUAUAUAUAUAUAUACACAUAUGUAUACAUAUAUAUAUAUAUGGCAGCGUCUUUGUUGGCUUUUUAAUCAUGACAUUUUUUGCCGGAUUGAAUGUGCAGUUUGGAAAAUAUGUAUCUAUGUAACUAUUGUACGUCUAAUAGCUAAUUCUUUUUUUUGGAAGAAAAUGUUAUUUACAUGUUUUUUGGUUUCAUUUUAUAUGAGGAGAAUGUACAUUUUUGUGUUUUUUUUUUUGGGGCCGUUUUUUUUUUUUUUUUUUCUCAGCAAAGAAUUGUCAGCUUUAGAAGUUCAUAAAGAGAAAUAUGAUGAUCCCUCCCAGGA